UAAGGGGCUCUUUCGUUGGGCCAGCGCUGCAUGCUUCCUUUCCCUUGGUGCCUUUUGUCCACAGCCCCUAGCGCCUGCUUCUUAGUUCUUCCCUCUGCCUCUUGCUGCGGCUGCUGCUGCUGCUUCCUGUGCCGAUCACACGAUGGUGUCCAUUGUCACGGAGGCAUGGGCGCUCGCCGGAUGCGGCCCGGCGUCCAAGGCUGCGGCGGUACCGGCGCAGGAGUUGCCGGUGCAGCAUCCUCCUGCAGCAGCUGCAGGGAAGACCAAGAAGAGAUUCGUGUCGUUCAGAUGCGUCAGCAGCGGCGGUGGCCAGGACCACCGGCGUGAGGCCACCGUCGUCGUCGGCCGGCGGCGCGGCCUUGCGUCGUGCGCGCUCGCCGCCCUCGCCGCCUCGUUCUCCCCGCUCGCCGCCGACCGCGCCGCACGGGCCCUCGUCCUCGAGGAAGACGACGACAUCGAGCUGCUGGAGCGCGUGAAGGAGGACAGGAAGAAGCGGCUGCAGAAGCAAGGCGUCAUCAGCUCCUCUGGCACCGAGACCGGAUAUUUGCAGGACCUCAUCUACAAGCUGAGCAAAGUUGGGCAGGCCAUUGACAAAGAUGAUCUCCCAGCCGCAAGCAGCGUCCUGGGACCAAGUUCAGAUGCGAAGUGGGUGCAGAACAUCAAUAUGGCUUUCUCCAAGUUCAGCUCAAGCCCAGAGGAGAGGAACGUGGUUGAUAGCUUCAACAGCUCACUGGCCACAUUGUUUACAUCCGUGAACAAGCUCGACGCUGAAUCCUCCAAGUCGGCGUUCGUGUCGUCUGCGACGGCGUUGGAGAAAUGGAUUGCAUUAGCCGGACUGGGUGGUCAGCUCAAAGGCUACUGAUGUGACGGAAGCGUUGUAUGUAUCAUGUAUGGAUCCGGCAUUUGUGAAUCUCCUAAAGAGGGUACCGUAACCGAGGACUGAAUUCAGAUAAGCGUGCUAGAAUAACACAGCAGCAUCCUCAUCGAUCAAGAAACUGGGAUCAUUUUUUGCGACUGUGUUAUUACAGUAAAUCAGUAAUAGGAAAUGAAGCUGUAUUGUUUUUUGUUGUCCGGUGUUACUUUUGAAAUUCCAAACAGCUGAUGGGAAGUUUUUAUCCAAAA